AUGAUUAAAUCCAUCCUGAUAUUUAACAACCACGGAAAGCCGCGGCUGAUCAGAUUCUAUCAGUAUUUUGCGGAAGAGAUGCAGCAGCAGAUCAUUCGGGAGACUUUCCAUCUGGUAUCCAAAAGAGACGACAACGUCUGCAACUUCUUGGAGGGUGGAAGUCUCAUCGGUGGCUCCGACUACAAGCUCAUCUACCGGCACUACGCGACCCUCUACUUUGUCUUCUGCGUGGACUCGUCUGAGAGUGAGCUCGGCAUCCUGGACCUGAUCCAGGUGUUUGUGGAGACGCUGGAUAAAUGCUUUGAAAACGUCUGCGAGCUGGACCUCAUAUUCCACAUGGACAAGGUCCAUUACAUCUUGCAGGAGGUGGUGAUGGGAGGCAUGGUGCUGGAGACCAACAUGAAUGAGAUCGUAGCCCAGGUGGAACUGCAGAACCGCAUGGAGAAGUCCGAGGGAGGUCUGUCGGCGGCCCCCGCUCGCGCCGUCUCUGCCGUGAAGAACAUGAACCUGCCCGAGAUUCCCCGCAACAUCAACAUCGGAGACAUCAAUAUCAAAGUGCCGAGCCUCUCCCCGUUCUGAACGGCCAUCCCCGCUGAACUCCGCAGGGCUGAUGUACUACUGAUGCAGCUCCCCUCCACCCAGUUCUGUUGUUACUAGAGAGUAAAAAACAGUUUUACAUGUGUAUCAUGGGACCACAGCAGCUUAUUCUCUCCCCUCAUUCUUAUCUUUUCACAUGAACUGGCGACGAGCAGUGGAUUCUUUUCGAGUUCUGCUGUACACAAGUUACAGAUUAACGCCCGUUGACGGAUUUGCAUAAUAAUGUAAAGUUUGAUUCUAUAAAGCAUCAAGAGGAAUUUUAAUAUGUAUGUAUUUCCUGCUAUUCUCUCUGUCUAUGUGUUAUUUUGUAUUUCUCCAGUUGAUUUCCUACUCCCGCCAAAAGAAAGACUGCGUUGGCCCGGUGCCUAUUUUGUUGCACAACUCGUCCAAAUGUCUGACAUCCAUCAGCGGUCAUUGCGCCCGCGGAUUGAAAACGUUCCCCUCUGUCUGGAUCAAGCUUUGUUGGACUCACCAUAAUAAGAUCUUUUUUGGCUUCAGUGUUGGCUUAUAAUUACUAAAACACAUCGUUAUCUCCUCUGUGUGUGUGUGUGUGUGUGUGUGUUCAUCCGGACUGGGAUUAGACUCCUCUGCUUGGCUCUUGUCUCAACUUGUUUUCCUUUCUCUGUAAUAUAUUGUGUUCCCGAUGUCCUCGUAAUUUGCGAAUGACAUUAUGGCUCUCCAGGGUGCAGAUCGUGCUCAGUGCGGCAAAUGUAAAUGCUGUCUAGUUCUAGCCAAGUUCCAAUGUGCUGCAAUAGGAUCUUGCCAAUAACUGUUCAGAGAGGCAACAGGCUAACUUUGCCCCGUUGUGGAUCGUUAAGUGUUUGUAUAACGUGUGUUUGUAUCUUUGUUGGCUGGUCAUUUUGUGAUCACGUUCUUUCAAGCCAUGCCUCCGAUAAAGUUUCACUGUUACGUCCUAUCAAAGACAUUUCUCGCCGUUGUAAAUUAAAUAAAUGAAAAUACAU